AUGAACCAGCUAGCAAGGAGGGAGUCAAUUAGUGAGAUGAGAAGCAACACACAGCUAGAAGAUGUUCCGGAGUUGAUGCAGCGAAUACAAUUGUUGUUGCCGGUAAAUGAGGCGGCCCGCACCAGUGUCUUGUCCAAGUCAUGGCUGCAUGCUUUGUCCACCAUCCCUAACCUCAGAUUUUACGUACGCGAAACAAACCAUUUGAAGUUGGUAGAUCGCACUCUGAACUGGUAUUCACAUUUCAACAUGCCAAUCGAAAGCUUUGACCUUAAUAUCCGAAUUGAGAACCAGGAAUCGGCUUCUCUUGCUGAAAAUUGGAUCCGCUUCGUUGCAACCAAAACUUGUCUGAAAGAGCUUUCCCUCACAUUCUACCUAUAUGGUGCCUCGCUUACGUUGCCAGAUGAGAUACUCUCAGUUGCUAAGAACCUAACUAUAUUAAGAGUUGUAACUACGCGGGGGUGCCAUUCUCUUUGGAUGAAAAGUAGCCAUCAUCCUCCUACCAUCAACUGUGUAUAUCUACGUGAAGUGCUUUUUCGUGGUGUGGGUAUAAGUCAAGAGGUAUUUGAUGGUAUAUUGUCGUCUUGUAGAUUGCUUGAGAAGCUAGAGCUUACACUUUGUUCACAGAGGGAACUCAAGACCAUUAAGGUUAUAAACUUUCAUCGUCUUUACGAAUUAAUAAUACAUUUAGAGCAUGCAAAUUCCACUGCUGUGGAAAUUAGUCAUGUCCCAAAUCUUCGUUUGUUUAGCUGCCUACUUGGAGGACCAAAUGACACUCAUCUAUCCAACGUCUGUUCGUUAUCAUUAGGAAGAAGCGUGACCGAACUAAGCUUAGGCGGUCUCAUCAAAGAUGAUGCAUCUCUGGACAUGAUCAAAUCUGGAUUUCCUUUUCUAGAGAGUUUGACCCUUUAUAUGGGAUGUUGGACUUUGGGAAGCUUCCAUUUCACUUGUGCCUCGCUCAAGAGAUUGUCCCUUCUAUGGUGCCCCCUACACAACUUUACAGACGUACAAGUUUACGCUCCAAAAUUAAUUUUUUUCUCUUUUAUUGGCUACUCAAUGCCUAGUCUCUUGUUUCCUAUCUCGACUCUCCACAAAACCACGUUUUCGAUGAUACUCUACAAGCCCCUUGAUGCAUCUUUUUUUCUUAAGAUGAGGGAAGCACUCGCGUUAUCUAGCGAGUGCAAGAUUAAUAUAAGUAAAGAUUAUGAGCCGCCAUCAGAUAUCGACAUUGAUGAUCUAAGGACAAGGCUCCCAUUUCCUCCGGCUAACAAUGUGCGACGAUUGGUGUUUGAAACGAACAAGGAUGAAUGUCUGUGGGAACACUCUCAAUUUUUUGAUGCAUUCUUUGAGAUUUGUCACCCCAAGAAAGUAGUUGCGAAGCCUGACGUGCAUUUCAGACACACAAAUCACUUUUGCAAGCUCAUGCUGAGGGAGGUCUUGGAGAAGAAGACAACCAGAGGAGGCCAAUAUUGGUGUCGUUACCUCAAAGAUGCCCAAAUAAGACCUCAUGAAACAUGGGAAACCCUAACAAAUUCCCACAGAAGCUUUCUAGAUGGGCCGGAAUCGGCUACCUACUUCAAACUGAACUGGUCAACUAAUGUUAACGAAUAA